UUGAAAGAAACAUUUCUCCCUCACGAUUGGAGUUUCUUUUUUUUCUUUUUAAUUUUUCUUUUUGGAGAAGCUUCAAGAGGAGAGCACAACUUAUACUCAAGUCAAAAUGAGGCGGUGGACGCUAAAACUGCGAGCACAAAUUGUGUUUUUUAUCAUCUGCGCCUGUGUUAUAUGCCAGUGUGGACUCAUUAAUGGAGAAAUUUGCCAGAGUAAAGACAUCCGUAACAAUGUGACCAACCUCCAGUCGCUGGAGAACUGCACCAUCAUCGAGGGCCACCUGAAGAUUCUGCUCAUGUUUAAGACCAAGACCGAAGACUUCCGGGGCCUCAGCUACCCCAAGCUACGAGUUGUGACAGACUACGUGCUGCUGUUCAGGGUCUAUGGCCUCGAAACCCUCACUGAUCUCUUUCCCAACCUGACAGUGAUCCGCGGCAACAACCUCUUCUUCAACUACGCGCUUGUGAUUUACGAGAUGCUGCAGCUGAAGGAGGUGGGCUUUCACAACCUCAUGAACAUCACCCGGGGUGCCGUGAGGAUCGAGAAGAAUCCAGACCUCUGCUACCUGGCCACACUGGACUGGUCCAAGAUCCUGGACUCGGUGGAGGACAAUUACAUCGUGGCUAAUAAGAAUGACAGGGAGUGUGGAGAUGUGUGUCCAGGCACGGCCCAAGGUCAAGGUCAGACCACCUGCUCACAGAACACCAUCAACGGACACUUCAGAGGACGAUGCUGGUCGCAGACUCACUGCCAGAGAAUGUGUGUGGACAACUGUAAGCAUGGAGGAUGUACCCUCCAGGGCCAGUGCUGCGAUGACCAGUGCUUGGGUGGCUGCUCGGAGCCCGGUAACGCUAGCAGCUGUGUGGCCUGCAGAAACCUUCAGCAUGGGAACACCUGUGUAGAGAAGUGUCCUCCUGGAUACUAUAUCUUCAGGGGCUGGCGCUGUGUCAGUUUCUCAUUCUGUCAGGAACUCCACAACCAGUGUAAGCAGACUAAGAAGUUGAUCCUGGACCGGGAGUCAUCCUGCUAUGAAUACGUUAUCCACAACGGGGCCUGUAUCCCAGAGUGUCCUUCUGGAUACACCACUAUAAACUCCACUAUGUUGACCUGUUCACCAUGUGCAGGCCUGUGCCCUAAACUAUGUGUGGGAAAUAAGACAAUUGACUCAGUAACUUCAGCCCAAGCUUUGAGAGGCUGCACCAUUCUCCACGGCAACAUGAUCAUCAAGAUUCGAGGAGGGAAUAACAUAGCAGCUGAGUUGGAAUCUAGUUUGGGCCAGAUUGAGGAGAUCACAGGCUACCUGACCAUUCGCAGAGCCUACGCCCUGGUGUCUCUCUCCUUCCUCCGCAAACUACGCAUCAUCAGAGGGGAGCAUCUUGAGGGAGAUGCCUAUUCCUUCUAUGCGUUGGACAACCAGAACCUGCGUGAGCUGUGGGAUUGGUCCAAACACAACCUGACCAUCCAGCGUGGUCGUACCUUCUUCCACUACAACUCCAAACUUUGCAUGUCUGAAAUCAGAAAGAUGGAGGAUGUAACGGGAACCAAAGAGCGCAACCAAAAGAAUGACAUCGCUGGACGCACCAAUGGGGACCAAGCCUCCUGUGAGACCAAGCUGCUGAAAUUCACCAUGAUCAAGACCACAUCAAAUAAGAUUAUGGUGAAGUGGGAGCCCUUUUGGCCGUUAGACUUCAGAGACUUGCUGGGCUUUAUGGUUCUCUACAAAGAGGCGCCAUAUAAGAACGUGACAGAGUUUGAUGGGCAGGACGCGUGCGGCUCGAACAGCUGGGUGAUCGCUGAUGUUGACCCACCGGCCCGUGUCACAGACAACAAGGAGCAGAUCGAGCCAGGGCACCUAAUCCGACCAUUGAAGCCCUGGACACAAUACGCCAUCAUGGUUAAAACCCAACUGUCUGCAUCUGACGAGCACGAGGUUCAUGGAGCCAAGAGCGAGAUCAUCUACCUCCGCACUAAUGCCUCCAAGCCCUCUGUGCCUCUGGACCCCAUUUCCUCCUCCAACUCCUCCUCUCAGAUCAUCCUGAAAUGGAAACCUCCCACCAACCCCAAUGGCAACAUCACCCACUACCGGGUCAUCUGUCGUAAGCAGCCCGAGGACAGUGACCUCUACAAGUUUGACUACUGUGUCGGAAUGAAGCUGCCUUCUCGUGUCCCGACCCACCUGGACAGUGAGGAUGAGCAGAAGUGGAACCACACAGACGAGCCCAACGUAGGUGGCAAGUGCUGCGCCUGCCCCAAGACAGACGUCCAGCUCAAGAGGGAGCAGGAGGAGAUAGAGUACCGCAAGACCUUCGAGAACUACCUCCACAAUGAAGUAUUUGAGAGCAGACCAUCUCGUCGGCGACGCUCAGUGGGAGUUGCCAAUGCCACCCAAAUCCCUUUCUUCCUUACCACAGCCCCCAACAUCCCGGGCUCCACCACAGCCUCACCCGAAGAUGAGGAGGAAGAGGGAUCCAAGGUGGAGCUAAAGGUGUUUUCAAAAGAGUCGACAGUCAUCUCUAACUUGCACCACUUUACAAGUUAUAAGAUAGAGAUCAUGGCCUGCAACCAUCCUACAGACCUCAAACGCUGCAGCAUGGCUACUUACGUCAGUGCCCGAACUAUGCCAGAGGAGAAAGCAGAUGACGUCCCAGGCCCUGUGACCCAUGAGAUACUGAGUGGCGAGCAGUCCUCUGUGUUCAUUAAAUGGAGCACACCUCGCUCCCCUAAUGGCCUCAUCAUCCUCUAUGAUGUGUUCUACAAGAAGGUUGGAGACAUGGAGGAUCGCUCAGCCUGUGUGUCUCGGCCAGCCUACCUCAAGUCAGGUGGCGUGAAGCUUUCGCUUGUGCAACCUGGAAAUUACAGCGUGAGGGUCCGUGCUACCUCCUUGGCAGGAAAUGGCUCCUUCACAGAAACUACUUACUUCUUCAUGCCCAACAAGGAUCCUGGUUUAAUUGGUGUUGUGAUUGGUCCUGUCAUCUGCUUCAUCCUGCUGCUGUUCGUGGGAGGCGGAGUCUUUGUGAUCUUCAAGAAGAAGCAAACAGAAGGCCCGACAGGACCACUUAUCGCCUCCUCAAACCCUGAGUACCUCAGCGCCAAUGAUGUGUAUGUUCCUGACGAGUGGGAGGUGCCGCGUGACAAGAUUACGGUGCUCAGAGAGCUGGGUCAAGGCUCCUUCGGUAUGGUGUACGAAGGAAUCGCCAAGGACAUCGUCAAAGGAGACCCGGAUACACGUGUAGCAGUCAAGACCGUUAAUGAAUCAGCUAGCCUGCGAGAGAGGAUCGAGUUCCUUAACGAAGCCUCCGUCAUGAAGGCAUUCAGCUGUCACCACGUGGUACGACUGUUAGGUGUGGUGUCCAAAGGUCAGCCCACCCUGGUAGUGAUGGAGCUGAUGACCCACGGGGACCUGAAGAGCUACUUGCGGAGUCUCAGGCCAGACUCUGAGAACAACCCAUCAGGCCGUCCUCCACCUACACUGAAGGAGAUGAUCCAGAUGGCUGCAGAAAUUGCAGACGGCAUGGCCUACCUCAACGCCAAGAAGUUUGUCCACAGAGACCUGGCAGCCAGGAACUGCAUGGUGGGAGAUGACUUUACCGUCAAGAUUGGAGACUUUGGUAUGACGCGAGACAUCUAUGAGACUGACUACUACCGUAAAGGAGGCAAAGGCCUGCUUCCUGUCAGGUGGAUGGCUCCAGAGUCUCUGAAGGAUGGAGUCUUCACUGCCCACUCUGACUGCUGGUCAUUUGGUGUCGUACUGUGGGAGAUCAGUACACUAGCAGAGCAGCCUUACCAGGGCUUGUCCAAUGAGCAGGUUCUCAAAUUUGUCAUGGACGGAGGAUACCUGGACAGGCCUGAUAACUGCCCUGAGAGAAUGCACAGCUUAAUGCAGAUGUGCUGGCAGUACAAUCCGAAGAUGCGGCCGAUGUUCCAUGAGAUCAUCGAGAUGCUGCGGGAGGACCUACACCCGUCUUUCCAGGAGGUCUCCUUCUUCUACAGCGAGGAGAACAAAGUCCCUGAGACAGAGGAGUUUGACCUGGACCUGGAAAACAUGGAGAGCAUCCCCCUGGACCCGUCUUCAUACUCCCAAAGAGAGGAGAGCUUAGGCAGGGACAGCGGGCCCUCAGUGGCUCUCAGGGGGAACUAUGAGGAGCAUGUCCCCUACACACACAUGAACGGUGGCAAGAAAAACGGACGAAUCUUAUCAUUGCCCAGAUCCAGCCCUUCCUAACAUUUCCUGUUUCCUAAAAGAACUUGUUUAACUGCCCCUUCCCUCCCAUCCUUCUUUCUCUUCCAGUCCAUUUUUUCUGUAUCCUUCAUGUUCCUCUCUUUCAUUUUCUAAUUAUUUUCUUAUUCUUGGAGAAACCCUUCAAAAAAGACACAGAUCUCAGGACUUUUUAUUUUCUUCCUCAUGGCUGCCAAACACAGGCAAGCAAGGGAUGCAAACAUAUGGUGUAACACUUUUUUAACUUCCUCCAAAUCUGACUUUCUAUUACCACAUUACCUAUCUAUUGUUUCUCACUAUUGCCACGUUUCCAGGACUCAUUGUGAUGGAAAAAGAGAAAAAAAACUGUGAACACAACAAACCUUCGACAACCACAAGGCUGCUUACGCUGAACCUCUUCAAGACUUGUCCCUCCCUUUUUCCCCACAACCCACCAAUCUGCAUUUCCACAUUUCUGUGCUUUGUUUUUGUUUAGUUUUUUUCUCCAAGUGAAAUCUUUUUACUCAGAUAGUGGCCUUUUUAUACGUGGCCUAUAAACAAAGAGAAGUGUCUAUCAAGCGCUUAUACUAAUUUCCUUUUGAACAAUGACUUAAUCAGUUUGGAACUGUUUGGAACGGUGGGAUGACUUGCAAAGACUUGAUCCUAGAACAAACAUCUAUUCGUAGAGGAAUGUUGUUUCUGUUGUUUUUUUUUGUUUUGUUUUGGGGUUUUUUUUUUUUUGGUUCUGCAGAAUUCCAAACUACACACAGAUUCAUCGGGUGUUUGCUGAAUAGUUUUAAUUUAUUUGCUUUUAUUGUUAUUUUCUCUAUCUCUCUCUUCUUUUCUCUCUGUUUUAUUUCUGUGUCCUCACUAUAUGGCUGAAGGAUAUUUAAACAGUUAAGAAUUGGACAAAGGAGUUCCUCAGACUGACCAAUAGCUGCUGCUUUGAUAUAUUUUAGUGGGUAUAGAAAUAUAUAAAUAUAUAUAAUAUAUAUAUAGUAUAUAUGGAAUAUUGGUAUCAAUGUACCAAUAUUUCAUAUAUAAUAUAUGACAUAUUGAUGUUUUUGUAAAUAGUUCAUAUUUCUAAUAUUUUUCAUCAGAGGCUUUGCUAGUAUUUAGUUUUUAUUUUUGCCAGGUUUUUUCUUUCUGGGUUUUUUAAAUUUUCUUAUUUUUAUAUCCCCAGAAAUCACAUUAAUCUACCAUCAGUGCUCUCUGUGUCUUAGGCCUCCAGCCCCCCUCCAAUAGUCUGACCACACGGAUGGGAAAAGGGGAAAGACCUAAAAUAUUGUCAACUCACUGAAUAAUUUUUUUUAUAAACCUUGUUCCCACUGAGAGCUGUCAAUAUUUGGAGGCAACUUUAUUACAACACAACAAACACACAAAAAAAAAAUGGAAUAACCAAAAAAAAAAAAAAAGCUUUAUAAAAGGGGGAAUGAGGUCUUUCUAGAUCGCAGUGCACCUGAUGUGUUUGUCUUCUGUGUCUGCUGUCUUUCUCUGGUCAGACCACGCUGGAGUUUAGGUCCACGGUGUUGUUCUCACAGGUUAGUUAUGUCUUUCACGUGGUUGCGUUGAAGUCGGUGUUAACUGUUGACAACGUUAGAGAGUAUGUUGAGAGCUCGUCCUGGCCUGGUGAUUGGUACUUCCUUUCGUUAGCUCAAGAGUAAUGGCUUUUUCAGUUCUGUCGAUGCUGCUCGAAUCGGAGGAAGAACAGGGGCAUUUGAGACCAGCUGUCAGUCAAAUGCACGUGAAGUGAGGUGCUUUAGCCCGGGUUAUCUUUUUAUCCCGUUUAUGAGCAGCACUAAAAGUUGACUGAAAAUUCAAAUCAGAGCAGCAGCAGCAUCCUCUUUGAAUCGGACACGGUUCAGGACCUCAGCGUUAGAAUGAGGGUUUUUAUUAAAUUCACACAGACCCCUUCUCAUUGUUCUCCUGUAAGGUUUUGCUCUGCACUGCACAUCUCCUGUACACUCUCUCCCUCCUCCAGUCUUCCUGACGCUUCCCAUUGGCUGCUGAACCCACUGCUCAAAAUCAGGCCGGUGGAAAUUUCCACGUUUUGUGGUAGAGGGCUGGGGAGAAACACUGAAAGUUCCAACUGUUUUCCAAAUCCACAGCAGGUAGUGGAGAGAGAAGGGGGGGGGCAGUGUUUCUCUCUCUGUCUCUCUGUCUUUCAGUGUGUCUGAAAGAGAGGGAGUGUGAGGUGAUUGUUAAUCCUAUUAUUCUCUCUGCUAUCACAUGCAGUUAGGCAGCCAGGACACAGUGUGCAGCAGAUAUUUCACUCAGGUCUGACAUUCCAGGAUUUAGUCGGAACUGCGCGUUCCCUCAUCCUCUUGUUUUGCCUCCCUGUUGGCAAAACUGAUACCACCACCUCACCCCAUCAGUACUCACAUUGAAAGACUUUUUUUUUAUUAUUAUUGUUUCUUAAUGGUUGAUUUGCUAGAGAUACAUUGGCAGACAGAUUUCUUAAACAUUCACUGUUACAUUUUUCCUGAAGUCAAAUCACCUUUGUUUUAGCAACGUGUUUGUCCCUCCUGUCCGGGAAUCAGAAACAUUCCUGUCAGCUUAACCUUACAAUGCGACACACAGCUACAGAUUGCAGAAAAGUUAGGUGUCCUCAUUGCUGACCCUUCUGUUUUGUAUCUUACCAUCAUGAUUUCACUACGACUCUCACUCAGAUCUCAAAGAUCACCGACAGUUUUACAGCAGAUCCUCCGUAAAAUGCUCUUAACUCACUUUCUGAACCACAUCAGUCGAUGAGGCAGGAGGCGAAAGAGAGCUUUUUUUUUUCUAUUUUUUUCUUCUGGACACAUAGACCAGUGUGGUUGCCAAUCUAGCUGAACAGCAUUCAGCACUUACAGUAUAGCCAAAGUGUUGGCAGCUUUCUGUCAACAAGGAGAACCCACAGAAUUGGAGUCAGAGACAGCAGAGAAGCUGCCUCCAUAUUUUACCAGUGCCUUCUUAAACCCAGAGCCACGUCCAGGCUAGUUAUAUUGGCUAGUGUAACACACACACCCACACAUACCCAGGCCUCUGUGCUCUCUUUGUAUUAGGAGAGGUUUAGAAAUCAAAGCUCACAUCUACAUUUGUGCUUGUAGGGUUUAAACUAUGUUCUUUGGUGGAAGAGAAGAGUCUUUCGGAGCAGUGUUUUAUUUUUAUUUUUAUUUUUAAUUCUUGUUUCGGUGUAAGGUUUGAACACUAAGUUCACCCAGUGCUUUAGCAGUGACACUGUGGAUUGGCCAGAAUCUGUGCUGUCAGCACACAGAGGCGCCUGAGGUUAUGAUGUUGAUUUUUACUAAAUCAUUUCGGAAGAGUUACAAUCUUGGGCUUUUGUAUUCUGUAAAUUAUUUGUGACAUAGUUUGGGGAAUAAAAGCAGAAAAAAGAUAUAUAAAAAAUUCUGAUGCCCAUCAGUUGUGUGUACAUAACAGAAAAAUGGUGGACCUCAGCUGUGUCACAUUUCCAUAUUAUAUACUAAUACUACAUACAGAUAGUAUAUAAAACACACUACGUACUCCAAAUCCGGGUCAGAAUUGGUAUCUGGGGUGAAAGUGGGACACAGCUCUCGUCUCCACCUCAAUUUAGGCUUUUCUUGUGGUGGUUGUUCACACGCAUAUGCAAUUUUUAAUUAAGAUGGUGCCCAUAUCUUUGAAAUACCAGAUAUUUAUUUUAUUAUGAUCAUUCUCAUUGUAUAAGAAGAACACAGUUAGCUUUUUAGUGGAGCAUUUUUAAGGUGUUUUGAGAGUGGAGCUAUUAUAAGAGCCUAGUUUGUUAUUGUAGGGGAAGUAGCCGGCGGUAAGCAGGAGGAGUGCUAGUUAGUUAGUUAGUUAGUUAGUAAGUAAUUGUCGUCGUCUUUGUGUUUGGCCAGAGUCUACCUCAGUGCAUAUGGAGGAAUCAGUCUAAAGAGCCGAAAUCAUCCCCACUGUCAGUCACUCAGCAUCCCAGCAUUUCAAAUAAUGUCACUUUUAUCAUACAUUACCAACACUGCUGAUGAAUUCCUUUCCCCUGUGGUGUAUUUCAACCCUCUGCCUCCUUGUUUUGUUUGUCUUUCCUUCUCUUUUUGUCCCUGAGGGAAGCUCAUCCACCCCUGCAGUAUGUAGAUAUUGUUGGGAGCACGGCCCUUCAUAUUUUGGUCCUUUUCAAUUUUAGAUAGCUAAUUUCUGUAGUAAUCGCUGCAGAGUUGAAUAAAUAUACAAGUAUUACCCCUCUCCUUUAUAGAUUUUUACCCAAAUACGGAACAAGUAGCAGGAGAGUGGCAUUAUAGGUGGUCUAUCCCUUUCAUUGGAAUCACAGUUUAUAGAAUUACCCACAAAAGACUUCCCUCGGGCACUGGAAGAAGCCAUGUAGCUUUAUUAUGUGUGUUCCCCCUUUCCAUAUACACCAAUCCUCUGGACUGUAUGUAGUAGCGGCUCUACUGGUUUCUGGGGAUGAGACAUUAGCACGAGUAAAACAAAAUUAAAGUCUCGUGACUCUCAAUGCAUAUCUGUGAUCACCUACAUGCGGCCAAGGCUAAACAAGCUAAGCCCUGGAUGCUCAUGCUUUUUUUUUUUUUAUUUAUUUAUUUUUUAAAGUCACAUCAAGACUAAACCUGUUGUGAGGCAGAAAGCCCUACUCCUCCUCUUCUGUCAGUCUCUUUUUGGUCAAAACAGUUCAAAUCCAACGUUUCCUCCAGAGGUUGGUUCAUUCAUUUGUUUUUCUGUUCUGAUUUUUUUUUUCUGUUUUGUAUGUAUAUUUUUUCUACUGUGAAUAUCAAGAGAUAACCUUUAUUUUCUGUCAAUGCCAUGGAUUGGAUCUGGUAUGGCUGAUCAGGACACUGACGUCUGGGCUGGUUAAAAGUUUUAAAGAGGAGGACCCAACCCCAACCCCCCCCUCUCUCUCUGCAAAGGAAAAAAGCUGGACUGGGACAAUCCUGUGUGCCAUAAGAACUAUUUACAGACAUGAAAUCUAGAUUGUAACUUUUCGUCUCAGGGAGGCGGCCUGAUGCUUUGUGGUUGGAGGAUUAAGAGGAUAAGGAGGAAGAAGAGCUACCUACCUGUACCUUUUUAUCAACUCUGACUGAAGUGCAAGUUCUCAGCAUUCUUUAACACAAAAAAAGGCAAAAUGGAGAUAAUGAUAAGCCCAAGGACACGUUUUCAGCAUCAAAAAGCCAAACACCCUCAUGACAAAUCUGAAGUCUUUUCUGCCCCUUUUUUUGAAGAUAAUCAGGAAUCCUCUUCUUACUCUGACGUGAUGUAGUUUGCAAGGCCCUCUAGUGGUUGGAUGGGAGUGUUGCAGCAGGUCAGGGGGUAGCAAAGCAAACAGGGCCCCAACCCCGUAUAGUGCCUUGCUCAGACUGACCCCUCCCCACACAGAACUGGUGAAACUCCACCAAUCACUUAAGAGGAUCUCCAAAUAUGAAACAUAAAAUGAAAACACAUGAAUUAUGUUUAUAUCAAUAAUGUUUUCUUUAGUUGUAACUGCAGAGAAAAAACAUACUACCAAACUACCAAUUUGGUGAGAGAAAUACUGUAAUUUGGGAUUAUGUGACUGAUGAUUUUUUACCAAAAAAAAAACAAAACAAAAAAAGACCCCAAAAAAGUUGAACUUGUGUCUCUACUCUGCUUAGCUCUGGCUUGCUUUGUGCAUGGAAAAUGAAUUAUCUGUACCAGCGGAAGGCUUGAUAAUUUGAUGCUUACUGAUUUUUUUUUUUUUGCUUCUUGGCAGCCAUCGUCAGUCUGUUUUAUAUGUUUAGUGUUUUUUGACAGCGACACCCCAAAGCACAUGCAAAAACCCAUGAUUAGCAACAAGUGCUUGCAUUACAAUUGGGUUGUUUUUUUCCAUUUGAAGUGCAUCCAGCUCCAUGAUUUUCAAAAAAAAAAGUUAAAAAAAAGAAAAAAAAAACCCUGAUUAAUAAGCUCUUAACUGUAAAUAGCAGUGGAUCCUCCUCAACCCCUGAAAAACAAAAGCACUUGAUUUAGGGAAGUUUAGGUUUGUUUUGUUGAACUCUGAUGACCUUUAAAAAAAAAAAAAAAGAAAAAGAAAGGAAAAAAAAUCGGUUGGACAGAGCAUGCUCGUAACGCAAUGCAGGGUGAGAACAAAGCAUUGUAUGUAUUAUUGUUUUGUUUUAAAGAAAAGAAAAAAGUAUUACAUUUUAGAGAUGUUGAUUUCUAUUUUUUUUAGCCAAAGUAGGAAGGGCAAAUACAAUUACUUUUUCUGACUGUAAACUUUUACUACUCUUGUACAUUAUGAAUUUAACAUUAUCAAUGUGUAUAUAACUUUUUCUAAAUUUAAAAAAAGAUAGAUUUUGUUUGUUUUUCCUUUUACUUUAUUUUUGUGUUCAUCAUGACACACAACCCACUACACAGAAAAGAGCAGAGUCGAGUCUGUCGAUGUAUUAAACAGGAGCAGCACAACUCCAGUCUGAGGGCUUUAACCCUGUGAAACGAGACAUAAAACAGUAUGUGGCCUGAAAACGUUUUCUGCUCUUAAUCCCGAUGCAUGCUCCUAAGGUUUGGCCGACAAGACGUCAUGCAUUUGACCCCGACCCGACCCCGCCCCAUUCGCAGCAAGCAUGUCCACCUGUAAAAGCCUUUUUUUUUUUUUUUCAAUUUAUUUUUCUUGUGUCACGAAACGCGCCACCACCUGUCACUGAUGUUGUCGUGCGAACUUAAAGAAGACGUGUGUUAAGUUUGCGAAUAUGUGGGGGGUUUUUUUAUGUGAAAAACUGGAAAAGACCACUGCACAUCCUUUUGAGGAAGAGGACGCAUGAGUGAUAAAAUCCUGAAUAAGCUAAAAAAAUAAUAAUAAUAAAAAAUAAAUAAAAAAAAGAGAGAGGGAGAGAAAACUUUACUGUUGGCAUCUUUUUAAGAUUAGACUGUAAAGCUGGACACACCUCCAGCAAUGAAUGAAUUAAGUACUGUCUGUCAGUUGUGUUGAUGAUGAACUGUUCAUAUUUGUUUUGUUGAUUACGGAGAGAGUGACACCACUGUUUUAAAGACAUACAGGUGUGGCUCAGGGUCACUGUUUCAUUAGAUGACAAAUCCAAAGGAAAGCAGCCUCUUCUUGAAGUCUGAAUCAUCUGUCUGUCCAGUGGUCUGCUCCAGUUUACACGCCAAUACCUUAUAUUUGUCUCUAUCCUGUUCCCUGUGCUGUACGUUGUUUAAAUCAAUGGAGUUGUGUCUGUGUUGUCCUCAGUUUGAAGUCUUUAUCAUGGCUUUCUUUGUCUCCGAUUGCUGCUCCUCUUCCUCCUCCUCCUCCUCCUCCUCUCUUUGUCCUUCUUCUUGUCUCUUUCUCUCCUCGGUGCACAUAGGUGGUCCCAAGAAUGCUGUGUGUAGUCUCGCAGGAUACCUCUUUUAUUAAUGUCAUUUAUUGCCGAUGAAUAUGCUGAUGUAUUAAUUUUGGGAUUUGUUGUGUAUACGUUAUGUUGAGACAUCUGUGCGUAUGCAGACAGCAGGUGUAUAUGUGUGUAUGUACAGUCCAAAACUCAACUCCCGCAAACCCACAGAGAACGCUUCAUCCCUCACACUGGAUCCAAAUGUGCCAUUAUUUUAUGUAUCACAUAUAUCAACAUAUUGAACACACACACACACAUACACACACACACACGUACGAACACACACAUAAACACAGAUUUUACAUGCAUAUUGUACAGGAUCAAAAAUGUGCCAUGACUAAAUGAACGCUUGACAAUUUAUUUUUUCUAUGUUUUCAAAGGAGAGCCAAGUAGUGACAUGUACAGAAAAUGUUGCAAUGAUAUGAAAAUAAAAAUCUUGCUGUGUGUAAAUUAUUCAACAAUUAACUGUUUAUAUUAAAAUUAUGAAUAAAAUUAUUGGAGAAUA